AUGCCGCCGUCAAAGCAAAGACUGAGCCAUCUCAUUAAAACCGAGCCAGCAGAGAACUUCGAGAUGCAGGCUACAGCAAACAGCAUUCUUGGCAAAAGAAAAUACAAAGAAACUAUCUACGGUGCAGCGACAGCACGGGCAUCCAAGCGAGCUCGAAACAUUGACGAGUCGUCAGACGGAGAAACGUCUCCAAGGAACUUUCGCCCUCAUGCUGGAGUUAAAGAGAAGGACAGAGCAAAAGCUUUUAACAUCGCCUUUGACAGGUUGAGACAGUCCAUACCGUCAUUACCAAAAAGCAAGAAAUUAUCCAAAAUUGAGGUUCUGAGACUUGCAAUUUGUUAUCUGGCAUAUUUGCAAAACGUUCUCAAUGAAUAA